CCUUUGUUUUUGAAGUUAGAUUCUGGUGUGAGUUUGUGUUGCAUGUAACAACACAUUUUCAGAUUCUAUGUAAUAGAAUAGUGCCUAUAAAAUACUCUUGGGGUUUAAAAAGCUUGUCCCGAGUGUCGUGAGCUUUCCAAAGGCUCCACCUCCGGUCCCACCAAGCCUCUUGUUGGACGGUAGGCUACACUCUAUGGAUGCGCUAAGCAGGAGGACUUGUGCGAGCUGAAUUGCACGUUGGCAGAAGCCGCUGGUCGUGGUGGAUCGGCUUGCUUAGCAAGGUUUUAAGUCGUGCAUUCGUUCGUUUUGGCAAACUGACGGAUAACCUGCGAACCCGAACAUGAAGUCUGUGAAGAAUAGUCACAGUUUUCAACCUGGGGAGCCCGUCUUCGCUAAGAUGAAGGGUUAUCCUUUCUGGCCUGCCAGGAUUGGGGAAGGCAAGGGACCCAAGAACAAAGUACCCAUAUUCUUCUAUGGCACACACCAGACAACCUUUCUGCUCCCCAAUGAAAUUGUUCCCUAUUGGCCGAACAAGGACAAAUAUAACAAGCCAAUCAAGAAAGGAGGAUUCCCUGAGGCAAUGUGGGAGAUUGAGCAUGAUCCAGGAAUAUGCCUGAAAGGACCAAAAAAAGUGUCACUGCUGAGCAGGGUGGAACAGAUGCGCAAAGCUCAGAAGAGAGCCGCCGCCAGUGCCUCCCUGACGGACGCACCCACUCCUGCCAAGAUGGCAAGGGAGGAAGCCCCGGCCGGAAAGCCACCUCCUACUGCGCCACCUGUGACCACAGAGAAAAAAACGUCUGCAAGGACUGCAGCUCCUAGACAGACCACCACUGCCACCCCGAAAACCACGACCACUCGGCGGUCUGCGUCCGCCGACCAGGCCGCAUCGACUCCAGAAGCCGCAUCCUCUCAGAAGUCCUUGCGCUCUGCUAAAGCCACACCCUCAGAAAAGGUUGUUCUCUCUGAGCGGAGGUCCCGAAGUAUACCCAAAGUCACACCAACAGAAAAAUCAGACCCCACCCACACUAUACCCACACCUCAGAAAUCCACGGACACAAAAGUUACAGAUACAUGUUCUAAAGACACACCAGCUACAAUAACUGCCGUGCUCCCUAAGCCCACCUCUCAAACACAAGCUCAGCUCAAACCACCUCAGGAAGCCGCCUCGCCGCAGAAAGACACACCCUCUCAGGGAGAAGUGGCGUGCCAAGAGGCCAGACCUUCUCCAAAAGCCACACCUGUUCCACAGACGACACCCUCGCUGGAAGACACACCCCUCCAGGAGGUCACACCAUCUCAGGAAGUCACCCACUCGCAAAAAGCCCAGGCUGAAGUGGAUGCGCAGUCUCAGGUUCCUCAGAAGAGCACUGAUGUCAGUGCUGCAGAUGAGUCUCAGGAGAGGGAUGACAGGAAGAGGAGGAGAGGAGAGAGGGAGGAGGGAGGAGAGGAGGAACCAGAGCCGAAGCAGAAGAAAAGUAGUGAGGGAGUAGGCGAGAGCUCCCCAAAGCAGGAGAAGAGCAACGUUUCUGCCGUACUGAAAUCUCUGCAGGAUCUUGUGCAGAGCAGAGAGGUCAGGAGAGGACAGAGGGAAAAGGAGAAGGAGACACAGAAGGAAGAAAAGAAGGAGUGUGAUAAGCAGGCACCAACAGAGGUCAAGGACAUUUCAAAAGACAAGAGGGAGCUUCGGAAGGAGAACAAGACUGAGGUGGCAAUGGAGAUCAAAGAGGUUCCAAAAGAGCAGAAGAGAGAACUUCAGAAGGAGAAUAAGACUGAGGUGCCAAUGGAAGAAAAGGAGGUUCGAAAGGAGGAUAAGAAGCAGACAUCAGCAGAGGUCGCGGAGAUUCCCAAAGAGGAAAAGAGAGAGCUUCGGAGGGAGAAUAAGACUGAGGUCCCAACGGAAGUAAAGGAGGUUCCAAAAGACAAGAGAGAGCUUCGUAAGGAUGACAAAAAGCAAUCAUCAAUGGACGUCAAAGAGGUUCCAAAAGAGGAGAAGAGGGAACUUUGUAAGGACAACAAAAUGGAAGCACUAGUAGAGGUCAAGGAGGUUCCAAAAGAGAAGAGGAGGGAGCUUCGUAAUGAGAACAAGGAGGUUCUAACAGAACAAAAGGAGGCUCGGAAGGAAGACAAGAAGCAGACACCAACAGAGGUCAAGGAGGUUCCAAAAGAGGAGAGGAAGGAGAUUCGUAAUGAGAACAAGGAGGUUCCAACAGAACAAAAGGAGGCUCGGAAGGAAGACAAGAAGCAGACAGCAACAGAGGUCAAGGAGGUUCCAAAAGAUAAGAGAGAACUUCAGAAGGAAGACAAGAAGCAGACACCAACAGAGGUCAAGGAGGUUCCAAAAGAGAAGAGAGAACUUCGGAGGGAUGACAAGAAGCAGGCACCAACAGAGGUCAAGGAGGUUCCAAAAGAGAAGAGAGAACUUCGGAGGGAUGACAAGAAGCAGGCACCAACAGAGGUCAAGGAGGUUCCAAAAGAGAAGAGAGAACUUCGGAGGGAUGACAAGAAGCAGGCACCAACAGAGGUAAAGGAGGUUCCAAAAGAGAAGAGAGAACUUCAGAAAGAGGACAAGAAACAGGCACCAACAGAGGUCAAGGAGGUUCCAAAAGAGAGGAGAGAACUUCAGAAGGAUGACAAGAAGCAGGCACCAACAGAGGUCAAGGUUCCAAGAGAAAAGAGAGAACUUCAGAAGGAAGACAAGAAGCAGGCACCAACAGAGGUCAAGGUUCCAAGAGAAAAGAGAGAACUUCAGAAGGAAGACAAGAAGCAGACACCAACAGAGGUCAAGGAAGUUCCAAAAGAGAAGAGAGAACUUAGGAGGGAUGAUAAGAAGCAGGCACCAACAGAAGUCAAGGAGGCUCCAAAAGAGAAGAGAGAACUUCGGAGGGAUGACAAGAAGCAGGCAGCAACAGAGGUGAAGGAGGUACCAAAAGAGGAGAAUAGGGUGCUUCAGAGGGAGAGUAGGAAGGACAUAUCAAUGGAACAAAAGGAGGUUCGUAAGGAGGACAAGAAGCAGGCACCAACAGAGGUCAAGGAGGUUCCAAAAGAGAAGAGAGAACUUCGGAAGGAUGACCAGAAGCAGGCACCAACAGAAGUCAAGGAGGUCCCAAAAGAGGAGAAGAGGGUGCUUCAGAAGGAGAGUAGGAAGGAUGUACCAACGGAACAAAAGGAGAUUCGUAAGGAGGACAAGACGCAGGCACCAACAGAGGUCAAGGAGGUUCCAAAAGAGGAAAGGAGGGAGCUGUGGAAGGAGAACAAAAAAGACUUGCCAACAGGAGAAACAGAGGUAGCAAAAGAGGAGAAGAGGGAACUUCGAAACAAGAAGGAGGUACCAACAGAGGUCAAGGACGUUCAGAAAGAGGAGAGGAGUGAGAUUCUGAAGGAGCAAAAGAAUGGAAGUGUGCAGGAGAUUGAGGGCAGGAGAGACCCUUCUAAUGUGAAACUGAAUGAGGCUAUAAUACUGAAGAAAGAAAGGAAAGAAGAGCGGAAAGUAGGCAUCAAAAUAGUCACAGACUCAGUUACAGAUUCCAGACUGCACAGGCUCCUUGGAGAGAUCCGCAUCUCCUUGACUGUUGGAAACCCAGAUGUGGGGAAGUGUGUACUGGCAUUAGAUGAGCUGGGACGAGUACCUGUUUCCUCUCAGCAUCUACAGAAGCACAAAGAGCUCAUUGAAACACUCAGCAGGAUCCGCAAGUUCAACGAGAGCGAGGAGAUCAUGCAGAAAGCCUCGAUGCUCUACCACAAGUUCAAGAGUGUGUACCUGAGUGGUGAGGAAGACCUCUCUCCCGACUACAUCUGCACACUCCAACAGGAACGCGAGCAGGAAGAGAGUGGGCGAGUGCAGAGGGAGGAGAAGGAUGGAGAGGGGGAGAAGGAGGAGAAAAGAGAGGGAAGAGAAGAGAGAAGUGUGGUGCAAAGAGUAGGGAAUGAGGGUACAGUGGUGUGAGCCACCAGGAAGAAGCCGCAAAGCAGGUUUUUGGUUUUGUCGUCUUUGCGUUUGUGUUUUUUUUAUAUAUUUUUAUAAGACUGAAAAUGUGCUCUAGGAAGAUGCUGUGAGACCUACCCAGACCAUCCAGUCACACCAAGUCCAUACACGGUAGACAUUAUACACACGCACACACGCACACACACAAUACAGUACACUGACCUACACAAUUAAUUUAAAUGCUGCUAUUGCUUUGACCGUGUAUCUUUGUCUUUUUUUACACUUUGUUUGCACUGUUUGUGGGUUGAAAGCAUAAGGGAGCGUGUGUGUGUGUGUG